GGGGAAAGGCCAGAAAGGCUAGAAGUCAAACUACAUUUGUCUCUUCUGUGAUCAGCUUGAGCCAGAGAUGCAAAUCUGGAGCUGUGUGAUAUUCCAGGAAGGGCAGCAAAAGGCUACUUAUUCCCCCUUUGAUGUUCCCAGAUUUACAACCCCAUAUGAAGUAGUUUUACUGUCAUCUGUCUCUUUUCAGCUGUGUCACCCUCCUCUGGGACCAUUAGCCUCUAUAUUAGGUCCUUCACUACAUUGCUGGCAACUUUGAUAAUCACAGCUCAAGAAUUCCUGCAACUGGUGAGGGAGUACUUUCAUUCUGAUCUCCAUCUGCAAUCAAUAAAAAAACCCAACAAUCCACCAAGAAUAAAAUUGCCAAGACUGUAAAUGCAUUUGAUUACACAGAGCAUUGCGUGCUUUCCUUCUACUGCCGAUGAAUGUUACUGUAAAUGAGCAACAUCUGCUCUGCUAGCAGAGGGGUCCCCUGUGAGCACGUUUGUCCAGACAGUGACAUCACGGCGUUAUCUGGGCAGUGCGCAGGCAGCGGGCUGUGCUUCCUCUGCAGAGCUCUCCCCUGCUACACUGCUGCAGAUUGCCGCGACUGAAGAUAAAAGUGUCUCGAUUUUUACCUCUUUAGUGAGUAUGAAACAUGGAGGGUUUCCAAACAAUCCUGAAAUUCUUUAUGAACAAGAAAACUGCUUUAGGUUACAGUUUUAUGGCACUGCUGACAAUGGGAGGGGAACGUGUGUUUUCUCUUGUUGCUUUCCGAUGCCCCUGCAGCAAUGAAAACUUCAGAUACGGUUUGGUAUUUCUCUUCUCCCCAGCUCUUGUUUUGCUAGUUAUUGGAUAUUUCUUAAACAGCAAGACCUGGAAACUCUUUACAGGCUGCUGGGUGAAUCCCAGAAAAAUAUUCCCCAGAGGGAAUACCUGCCAUUUCUUUUACGUCUUUGGACAAAUCACCCUAAAUGCUCUGGUAGCCCCAGUGAUGUGGCUUUCUGUGGCUUUGCUCAAUGGAACUUUUUACGAAUGUGCCAUGAGCGGCUUGGAAAAUCCUGACUACUUACAGGCAGUUUGCCACAGGAAAUCUGAGAAGUGCUUUGAAGAGCUACACAAGGUAGCCUGUGACAAAAGCUCCAUGCCCUUUUCAGAGAGUGACGAACUGAAACGAACUCUUCAAGCACAGUCCCAGAUGUUAGGCUGGUGUGUGAUAGUUACUACAGCUCUCCUCUCCCUGCUCACCACUUGCUGUGCCAGCUGCCAGUCGAAAGUCAGCCACCUCCAGCUGAAGUUCUGGAGGGUGUACGCGGAGAAGGAGAAGGAACAAAUGGAGGAGAUUUUCCAGCUGUAUGCCACCAAGCUGAGCGAGCGAAACCUGAAGUGCUUUUUUGAGAACAAGGCACUAGAAGCAAUUCCCCUGCCAGCUUUUCAGGCAUGGGAAGACGCUUCCCAGCUCUACUCUUUCAGCAGUAGCAAACAGCAUUAUAGCACAAUUCACAAGCUAGUUGAAGAAGGCCAGAAAGAAACCAAUGAGGAAAGAGAGACUAUGCUGGACUUUGUAGACAGAAAGGAAAUACCAUAGAUCAAAUAUAUUUUCAGCUUUUUUAUAUCUUGCUAAUAUGGCAAACUUCUAGCUGUUUCAUCUCUACAUUUUUUUCACAAUUGACUCUUUAUUCUUCAUCAUGUUCCCUCCCAGAUACAAACUUGCUCCAAAAGGAUGGAAUGAAAUUAUUUCUGUACAUCAUGGAAAAGGCUGCAGUUGUCCAUGGCACCUAGACUUCAUGCUCUAUUAAUGUCGCUGGCUUGGGAUCAAGAGCUGACAGCAAAGAGAGAUGAAUAAUGACUUCUACAAGAAGGUUCUAACAAUAUCCUAUGUAAUGGGUGCUAUAGUAUGCUCAUCUUAUGUAAAUCAAGAGACCAUCACAAAGUAACAUCAUUUAAAAGGUGUGAGUAUAAUAAUAGAAGAUGUGUGUGGCUUUCCAACAGCCCACAGAAAGGAAAGGUUUUGCUUCCAGGUCAUUGCACGUACAGCAUCGUCCUGACGCACCAGCUGUCACUCAAGGCAUCUCAGUGUCUUCAGACUCCUGUUGCACCCAGAAUGCCAUGGAUGGUCACAGUGAUCAGCCCUGGUCUUCUAGUCCCUGAGACAUUUUGGACAUGGGACAGUGACCUCCACUGACAGUGAGGUGCAAGGUGAUUUUUUAGACCAGUCUUACAGCCAAAGGGUAGGGUACCAAGAACUUGAAAUUACCAGAUGGUUCAGCAUUGUUGUGUUUUUGUUAAAAAACAACAUGCUGUUUUGAAACAUAAUCAGUUGUUGUUAGCGCUUUGUUACAAUAAUGAAAAUGCAUCACUGAUAUUUUGCCUUCAUAGAGUACUUCGUAUUAUCUUCUCCCACUGAGAAUUUCCCUUUGUAUGGGCAUAAAGCUCCUGUUUUGAGUGGGUUUUGAGAACUGGGUGCAGAGCUGCAUAAAUAGUUCGUACUGGGCCUGUGGCCAGUGUACAACAGAGGGUCUGGAAGGAAAUUCCACAUUUGAAAACAAGAAAAUACUUUUGCAGCAGGCUGAUUUUCACAUUUCUGAAUAUCUUUGGAAACUUAGUGUCUGGAGCAAAAGUGACCAGUAGUCAUCACAGGUGAGGCGACUGCACGAUCGGUGAUUCUGACAAGUGCAUUUCACCCCAGAGCCCUGUGCUUUACCUCACCCACUUGGAAUUCACACAUGGCUCUAACACAGAAUGUCCUGAGUCUUUGCAAAUACUGUCUAAAAGGAGAACAAAGUUUCUGCCAAGUUUCUUUCCCUGAGGCAACCAGGCAGGCUUUUAUACAGCAUUUUACUGCCAGUCUCCCUGAUCUGCAAAGAAUCAUAUUUUUGCUCUGCUUGAAUCAGGCUCUUAUCAGCAAACCAAGGUACUCUACCCAACUUGCUCAGACUUACUGUGCUUCUUCAGCAGAAAAAAGCAUCUACCUGCACCUACAGAUCACUGCUAUUUUUUAAAAUAAAAUCCAAGAGCUAACUCUAGUGUAUGCUUAGAAUUUUCUCCAUGUAUUUUGAAAAACUUAUGUUCUUUAAGUAAGUGUUUUAACACUUUUUAUCUCAGCUGACCCACUUUACAGCAGACUUAGAACAUGUUACAUACCUAAAUGUACCUCCUGCAGUUAGUUGAAAGCACAGAAGUAACACUGCCAAAAUUAAAGUCACAACAGCAGGCAUGUCUGACAUCAUGUCUGGCACAUACACAUUUUUCUCCCCGGGUUCUUCUCCUGGUACAGCAACUGUCUAAUUCCAGGGUACAUGUCCCUUGUCCUUUGUCUGCUUUUCUCUAUGAGAGAUGCCCCAACACCUACUGCCCAGCCCCAUCUCACCUCCUCCCUCCAUGCAAGGGAGAGGAGACACAACUUAACAAGAUGUACCCACGCCUGGCCCCAACUUCCCUUCCCAAAGCCAUCUUUCCACCUUCUUCUUGACUGGUACCACAGAAAAACAAUGUAGGGGUGCAAAGGGGAGGACAGUAAGUAGGUUGAUGAGGUGAUCAAGGAAUAUGGAAACAAGAGAAUUGAUGUAAGGAUGAGAUCUCCACUGUGAUAUAAGUGCUGUGACACAGAGGCAAAAGCAUAGUUGGUAGAGCAGGGGUGUCAAACUCAUUUUCGCCGGGGGCCACAACAGCCUCGUGAUUGCCUUCAAAGGGCCAAAUGUAAUUUUAGAACCGUAUAAAUGUAGGAGUAGUUACAUUUAUAUGGUCCUAAAAUUACAUUCGGCCCUUUGAAGGCAACCACCAGGCUGAUGUGGCCCCCCGCGAAAAUGAGUUUGACUUCCCUGUAGGAGAGGGAAAGAUGGGCGCACAGAGGGAUUCUACUUUAGGCUUUUUGGCAUCCUUUUCUUCCUCAGGAGAAAGCUCAAAGCUCCUGAGUAGCCAGGACCAUCUGAAACAGGAAUGUUUCCCAGCCUGGCCUUCUCCUCUAUUGUAGAUAUGCAAAACUGAGGUGCAUUUUCCUCUCCUCAUCCUUGUCCUGCUUCAUGCUCACAGGUAACUCAUGUUGAGAGUGUCUGCACCUCCUAGAGCAGCUACUGAACGCUUAGUGCUGCUACAUGUGCCUGGCAGGAGCCAAAGUCUCUUACCGACCCUCAUUCCCAGGACUGUGUUACUCUGUGUUGUCUUACCAAAUGCCUGUGACUUAAUAUGAUUACCAUGUGGAUGCUGGAAUACUUCUAUAAAACCAGACAAAAAUAAAGGCCAGUUUGACCCUAUGCUUUUAACUGGAAUCUGGUAUUGACAAAUGUAACCCCCUCCCUCAAGCAGCUGUUGCAAAAGCUGUUUUGAUCAACAUUGUCCCUGAAUUAAAGUUCAGCAGCUACCCUGGCAGCUCAGAAAGAAGCAAAGAUUAUUGUCAACACUGUCCAAAACAAAAACCAAAUAAGCAAAAACAAUCAAACAACAGAAUCAACGUUUUCUCUUGGAAAAUUUAGAUUUUGCAUUAAUUCUGAUGUCCAUCAAAAUAUGAGUGCACAAAUAAAAAGGAAACUUCUGUGCAAUUCUAAA